AUGUCCAGCCAGGUGGUGGGCAUUGAGCCUCUCUACAUCAAGGCAGAGCCAGCAAGCCCCGACAGCCCAAAGGGUUCCUCGGAGACCGAGACUGAGCCCCCUGUGGCCCUGGCUCCUGGCCCAGCUCCCACCCGCUGCCUCCCAGGCCACAAGGAAGAGGAGGAUGGGGAGGGGGCUGGGCCUGGCGAGCAGGGUGGUGGAAAGCUGGUGCUCAGCUCCCUGCCCAAACGCCUCUGUCUCGUCUGUGGGGAUGUGGCUUCUGGCUACCACUAUGGUGUGGCGUCCUGUGAGGCCUGCAAAGCCUUCUUCAAGAGGACCAUCCAGGGGAGCAUUGAGUACAGCUGUCCGGCUUCCAACGAGUGCGAGAUCACCAAGCGGAGACGCAAGGCCUGCCAGGCCUGUCGCUUCACCAAGUGCCUGCGGGUGGGCAUGCUCAAGGAGGGAGUACGUCUGGACCGUGUCCGAGGUGGGCGCCAGAAGUACAAGCGGCGGCCCGAGGUGGACCCGUUACCCUUCCCAGGCUCCUUCCCUGCUGGACCCCUGGCAGUAGCUGGAGGCCCUCGGAAAACUGCUCCUGUAAAUGCACUGGUGUCUCACCUGCUGGUGGUAGAGCCCGAGAAGCUCUAUGCCAUGCCUGACCCAGCGGGCCCUGACGGACACCUCCCAGCUGUGGCUACCCUCUGUGACCUCUUUGACCGAGAGAUUGUGGUCACCAUCAGCUGGGCCAAGAGUAUCCCAGGCUUCUCGUCACUGUCACUGUCUGACCAGAUGUCAGUACUGCAGAGUGUAUGGAUGGAGGUCUUGGUGUUGGGUGUGGCCCAGCGCUCACUGCCACUGCAGGAUGAGCUGGCCUUUGCUGAGGACCUGGUCCUGGAUGAAGAGGGGGCACGAGCAGCUGGCUUGGGGGAACUUGGGGCCGCCCUGCUGCAGCUGGUGAGGCGACUGCAGGCCCUGAGGCUGGAGCGUGAGGAAUAUGUCCUGCUGAAGGCUCUGGCCCUUGCCAAUUCAGACUCCGUGCACAUUGAGGAUGCCGAGGCUGUGGAGCAGCUGCGAGAAGCUCUACAUGAGGCCCUGCUGGAAUAUGAAGCCGGCCGGGCAGGCCCCGGAGGGGGUGCUGAGCGGCGGCGGGCAGGCAGGCUGCUGCUCACACUACCGCUCCUACGCCAGACAGCGGGCAAAGUGCUGGCCCAUUUCUACGGGGUGAAGCUGGAGGGCAAGGUGCCCAUGCACAAGCUGUUCUUGGAGAUGCUCGAGGCCAUGAUGGACUGA